GCCAUAUACAUAUUGAGGAAAAGGAUAAGAUGGUUAUACUGCACUUCACUUCGAAAAACACCACAUUUACACUGGAAUGGACGCUGGGGAAGCAUCAACUAGACGUAUCUGCAACUGGUUCCGAUUACAACGGUAAACUUUGCGGUCUGAUGGGUAAUUCUGACGGUAAUCCUGGCAAUGACUUCCAAAAACCUGAUGGCAGUUAUGUUAAGGACGUAAUUGAGUUUGGUGAAAGCUGGAAAGUGAACGAUAAAGUAUGUAACUAAGGGUACCGUCAUUUCAGAAAACGGACCUGGAAACAACGUACUCGAUUUAGGAUGGCUUUCGCUGAACACAUUAAUGGUAGUGCAUCCGAAUGUGUAAAUUAGUUGGUGAUUGGUUACAUAAUACUUAGCUUCAUGAACGUUCUGCGUUGGUCACACCAGAUCGAUUCUUUACAAAUAUAAUUCUGAGAUAAAUUGUCAUCAAAAGUGGUUCAUUGGUUUUAACUUGGUGAUGGGUAUUUGAUGUUUUAUUCAAUAAAAAUGUGGCAAUACAGGGA